AUGACAAGUCGCGACGGUUUUCAAUGGACACCAGAGACCGGCCUGGUCCAGGGCGUGCCUUCGAUCGGUGUCAUCUCACCACCUACAAAUAUCACAUCGGAACCAGGCCAGUUUGAUGUGAUUGUCGUGGGUGCGGGCUAUUCAGGCCUUACAGCGUCUCGAGAUGCGUGCCUGGCAGGCUUGAAGGUGCUUCUUCUCGAGGCCCGCGACCGCAUUGGCGGCCGCUCCUGGUCGUCUGAUAUCGAGGGAUAUCCCUUCGAGAUGGGCGGCACCUGGGUUCACUGGGGACAGCCUCACGUCUGGCGCGAGAUCUCGCGAUACCAGAUGCGAAAUGAGCUGGAGGGCUCGUUUGACUUUUCUCGCGGCGUCAACCACUUUGAAUUGCGUACAAACCAGGGGUCGGCCAAACUGAGCCACGAGGAAGAAGAUGCAUUGCUGGAAGGGGCUCUGUACAAGUUCGUGGAUGUAGAUGGGGAUCUUGGGCGUCGAGUCGUUCCCUUCCCCCAUGAUUCAUUCCACGUCCCUGAAGCUCGACGAUACGACCAGAUGUCUGCGCAGGAUCGUUUGACUCAGGUUGCCGACAUCAUGACGCCUCGUGAAAGGGCUGCCCUGGAGAGCUUCGUCCUGCUCUGCAGCUGCGGCACUCUGGCGACAACCAGCUUCUUCGAGUUCCUGCACUGGUGGGCGCUUUGUGGCUACUCAUAUCGAGGCUGUCUGGAUGCUUUGAUUUCGUAUAAAUUCAAGCGAGGGCAGUCGAGUUUUGCCAUUCGGUUCUUCAGAGAGGCGCUCUCAACAGGCAACCUGUCCUACGCCUUCAACAGCCCGAUCCAAUCUAUUGACGACCAUGGCGAUAAAGUGGCUGUCACUACUCGUGAGGGCCGACGCCAUGCUGGGGCUCGUCUCGUCUCUACGAUCCCACUGAACGUGCUCAACACUGUGGCCAUCUCGCCGCCGCUCAGUACACAGCGCACGGCGGCAGCAAACACCGGCCAUGUUAACCAGUGCGUCAAAGUCCACGCGGAGAUCUCGAGUCGGGACAUGAGGUCGUGGACGGGGAUCUCAUACCCCUUCAACAAACUGUGCUAUGCAAUCGGCGACGGAACAACGCCAGCUGGGAACACUCAUAUUGUCUGCUUCGGCGGUGCACACAACCACCUGCAGCCAGAAGAGGAUAUCAAUCAGACCAAGGCGGCCGUGGACAGCCUCUCACCGGGUAACAUGGAUAUCAAGAGACUGGUCUUUCACAACUGGUGCAAGGACGAGUUUGCCAAGGGGGCGUGGUUCUUUUCGCCUCCUCAGAUGCUUUCAACGUCGCUGGACGCGUUGCGUUCUCGUCAUGGCAACGUGGUGUUUGCCAACUCGGACUGGGCAGUUGGAUGGCGGAGCUUUAUUGACGGUGCGAUCGAAGAAGGGACUCGAGCAGCGAUGGCAGUCGUCGAAGAGCUCAGACCGCGUCCUGCGGUGCGCGGCCGCCUGUAA